GUUGGAACCUUUCUCUUUGUUCCGGCCUCGGUGUAGCUAACAUGGCAGCGGAGGGAGACGUUGACCUGGACCUCGAAGCUGAGGAAAACUGUACAGGAAAGCCGGUAGAAAAACCUCGCAAACAUGACAGUGGAGCCGCUGAUUUGGAGAGAGUCACGGACUACGCAGAGGAGAAGGAAAUCUCCAGCUCCGACUUAGAAACGGCCAUGUCAGUGAUAGGAGACAGAAGGUCACGAGAACAGAAAGCCAAACAAGAAAGAGAAAAAGAGUUGGCCAAAGUCACCAUCAAGAAAGAAGAUGUUGAGCUAAUUAUGUCGGAGAUGGAGAUUUCGAGGGCCACGGCGGAGCGCAGCCUGAGGGAACACAUGGGGAAUGUGGUGGAGGCUCUGGUGGCUCUGACCAACUGAACUGACAUUGACACACUGGCCUACUUCAUUUAAACUCAUCAAAUCAGUCAAGCUGAGCAGUUUAACUGUUGGGGUGUGAUCUACUGUGAUCUACCCAGGGUUGUUUUUGUUUUUUUUUUAAUAAAGUUGAUACUUCACUUGAA